UCGGUUCGCGCCCGCGCCAGUCGUAGUAUUACGCGCGCGACAGUCCGUACACGUGUUUCGCCCGUCGUUGUCGUCGUCGUUUUCGAUUUUUUCUCCCCGUCGCACGUUUUUUUCGUUCUUGUCGCGUGCGUUUCGUACCGCACAAACACGGUGACGUGACCACAACUGCAUCGUCAUGAUCGGCGUGUUCAGCACGGUCGUGAAGAACUCGCGGCUGCUGACGAUCCGGCUGGUGUCCAUCGACAACCCCGCGUUCCGCAUCCACUACCGGUUGACGUUCGCGCUGCUGCUGGCGUGCACCACGCUGGUGUGCAGCCGCCAAUACAUCGGCGAGCACAUCCGGUGCAUGUCCAGCGGCGUGUCGGAAAAAGUGGUGCAAACGUUCUGCUUCUUCACCACCACGUACACGCUGCCGGACGUGAACAGCACGCUGAAGCCGGGCGUGGGCCCGCCGCAAUGGGACUCGAAGAAGGUGCACCACGCCUACUACCAGUGGGUGCCGUUCGUGCUGUUCGGCCAGGCGCUGCUGUUCUACCUGCCGCACCUGGUAUGGCGCACGUACGAGGCGGGCACCAUCAAGCUGCUGGUCGACGGGCUGCAGCGUCUGUACCUGAAGCCGGACGGCGACCAGGACAAGGUCGCGGGCUCGUUCAAAAUCCCGUCCGAGGCGACCCGGUGGUCCAAGGUCCGGGACAUCAUGAACCACCUGGACACGGUGGCGCGGUUCCGGUUGAACCGCAAGUGGGCGCUGGUGCUGAUCGGGUGCGAGGCGCUCAACCUGGUCAACGUGCUGCUGCAGAUGCGACUGAUGAACGAAUUCCUGGGUGGCCAGUUCUACUCGUACGGGCUGACCGCGCUCACCGACAACGACGUCACGUUCGACCGCGUGUUUCCCAAGAUGACCAAGUGCGACUUCCACAAGUACGGGCCGUCCGGCACGUUGCAGACCCACGACGCGCUGUGCGUGAUGGCGCUGAACAUCAUCAACGAGAAGAUCUACGUGGUGUUGUGGUACUGGUUCGUGCUGGUGCUGAUCCCGGUCAGCGUGGCCGCGCUCCUGUGGCGCGCCGUCCAGUACGCGAUGCACUCGCGCGAAUCGUUCAACCGGCUGCUGCUGCGCGAGGCGUCGCCCGGCGCCCGCAUUGACGCCGUCGACCUGGCCGUGAUCGCGCGCCAGACCACGUUCUCCGACUGGCUGUUCAUGUACUACCUGGCCGGCAACAUGGACGGAGCCGUGUUUCGCGACCUGCUGCACAGCUACGCGACGGGACUGCGCAAGGAGCCGGGCUCGCAGUCCAUCGACGACGACAUGGUGCCCCUCGGCAAAAUGCCUCUCUAAACCGGACGCCCGCCACGUCGGCCGUCAGCCCCCGCCCGCCGCUCAUCAACCGAAUCCGACAGCACCGCAACUCAACUGCCGCAGACCGUAGUGUAUACAUAAUAAUAUUACUGUAGUACGUUCGAUUUGAUCACCCCCCCCCCCCUCCCGGGUACGAUCGAUUUUGUAAUUAUCUCUUUUACCCCCGGGGCCCAACUAACCACCCCCUCCUCACUCCGCAACACACAACCCCAUUAUAUUCUCGUCCGAUGCCUCAUCUCCCUCGCCUCGUCCCCCGCGACGCGCUAGUCCUAAAAAGGUUUUUUUUUAUUUAUUCUUAUUUAUGUUUUUUUUUCUUUUUUUCUUAUGUAUAUAUUACAUGUACGCGGAUAGCUCACGUGACGACCCUACGUGGGGUUAGUACGAUGAUUAACGUGCGUUCAAACGCCCAGCGCCGUAUGUAUGCGGUGUUUUUGCAAUCUUGUCAAUUAUAUCAAUAUUAUUUGUCAACGUAAUUCCUUGCGAACACGACAUGUUAUCCCGAAAUUUAUAAUCGAAAUUUUCAACCGCAAAUGUUGUGUAUCAAAAUGAUAUUUCAUGGUCGUACUUAAACAUAAUUGAUACGCGCGCAAAAGAAAAACUCGAUAUUCGGAACGAACGAUUGGAUCCGAUGGCUUAUAUAUGAGUACACAGUCACGCGGAUUGGUACACCUCGAAGGUUGCGUUACACAUUUUCAUAGUUUAUUACGUACACGCGUGUAAGUUAUAUACGGAAAUAAUCGGUACGAUAUUAUAUUAUAUUAUUGACUUUUUUUUUUCUUUUUUUUGUUAUAUUAUAAAACA